AUGAAAGCGAGUAAAUGUGACUCCGCUUCAGGAGCAGAGUUGGUUUCUGGAGUCGGAUCCGCUUCGGGCUCGGAGUCCCCGUGUGGGGGGGAGAGGGUGGAGAGCGGUGCCCGCAGGAGGUUGGCAGCCAAUGCCCGGGAGAGGCGGCGAAUGCAGGGACUCAACACCGCCUUCGACCGUCUGCGCAAAGUGGUACCUCAGUGGGGACAGGACAAGAAACUCUCCAAAUACGAGACCUUGCAAAUGGCCCUGAGCUACAUCAUGGCCUUGACCCGCAUCCUGGCCGAGGCCGAGCGCUACAGCACCGACAGGCGCUGGAUCCACAUCCAAUAUGAACAUGUGCAGGAAGCAGAGAACUUCCAGACUUACCUCGGACAGACCGCCCCAGAGAGGAAAGACUCUUACACUGGAAGCAUCUUCCCGUUCAACCGCGACAACAGCUUCCAAAUCGUCAAUGGAUGAGAGCGCCAGGAAAGGGAGAGAGUGAGAGUGAGAGACAGAGAGUGAGAG